UCCUCAUAACUCAUUCCUGGAAAAAGGAGGGUGGGAACGGAAAUACUCCAUUAGACCUCUCUCUGCUGAUUUACAUUCCACGGUGCACAUGGUAAAGGGCAAGCCAGAUUCCUCCUGGUUAUAAGCACCACAUACAAAUCUUUCCUGUUCAGUUAGAGCAAACCUGUGCUGCCAGCUACCACUGCCGACUCCCACAUCAGCAAGGACUAAACCUGGCCAGAGGAGCUUCUGAUCAGGAAAUCAGAUUUUCUAGGGUCUGGAGGAGCCAAUAUGUUGGAUGAGAUUCAUCUGCUGGCUGCUGUGACAGUCCUGGGAGUCCUGGAGCAAGCCUACUUCUUCCUCCAGGUGAUCUAUGCUAGGAGGGUGUUCGGCAUUUCUCCUCCAAAGAUCUCAGGCCCACCUGAAUUUGAAAGGAUCUUUCGAGCACAGGUGAACUCCUCCGAAUAUUUUCCCAUUUUCCUGGCACUUCUGUGGCAAGCUGGACUCUUCUUCCAUCAAGGUCUGGCUGCAGCCUUGGGUCUGCUCUACCUCUGCGCCCGCUACUGCUACUUCAUGGGAUACAGAGCAUCGUCCUCGGAAAGGCUCGCCCCGAUAUACUUUAGCACUGGAGUUCUCUGGAUUCUCAUUGCAGCAUCAGCCCUGGGCAUCUUGCAUUUCUUCCUCUCUCACUACGUGGGGCUGAACAUCCUCCAAGUUCUCACAGUGUGA